AUGUCGUCAUUUCUUGACCUGCCCGCCGAAUUGCGCAACCAAGUCUACGGUUACAUUGCUAUACCGCACACAGCACCUCUCUCCUCCUACAUCGGGCUCUACCUAUCCUGUCACCAGAUUCGAUCUGAAAUGGACAGCGAGUGCGCCAAAACAUUCCGAAACUACCUCGAAAUCUUCCAGGAUCAGCUCCAAGACGCCCGCAUCGACAUACCUGAGACUUUCGCGGAAAUGCAGCACGUCCGCCUGCACUGCAAACCGACUGCAGGCUUCAGCAUCAUUCAAUGGUUCGAUGAAGUCGCGGGCAUCUUUCUACUCCAUCUCGCGAGCCUUUCGAUUAUCUAUGGCUUUUCGGAAGACUUGCCUCUCUCGCACAAGGUGGACCAUUAUGUGCUUAGGAUUGCUGAUGAAAUUUGUGGCCAACUCAAGACAAGGGUGGUCAACUCUCAGCGGGUUAGAACAGUGUCCUUCUGCGCCUCAGAAGAAGAUGCGAAGCACUUCGGCGAUCACUAUCCACGCGGUGAGUUCUUCACUGCAGAUUGGAGCUUCCUAUGGGAUGUUGGGCUUGACGGUGCUCUGCAUGGCGUGUGGAAAAAGGCAGAUGAGAAGGGGCGCAGCGCAAUGCUAGCGAUUAAUACCAUGGCUUAG